AAAGACUCAUCCCAGUUGCUCUCUUUAGCUGCCAUAGUAGAUUUGUGUUUGAGCAAUAGGGAGCUGAAGCUGAACAUCCUUUGUGCAUGAAAGCACUCUGCAAACAUGGCUGGUAAAAUUCAGAGUCUAACUGAGGAGGAGAGGACCCACCUUCUACCACUGCUACGAAGCGCUCAAUGGGUGGAGGUUGUGGGACGGGACGCCAUUUACAAAGAGUUUAUUUUCAAAGACUUCAAUCAGGCCUUUGGUUUCAUGUCCAGAGUGGCUUUGCAAGCAGAGAAGAUGGAUCAUCACCCUGAGUGGUUCAAUGUUUAUAAUAAGGUCCAAAUUACUCUCAGCACACAUGAUUGUGGGGGGCUAUCUCAGCGUGACAUCACUUUGGCUACCUUCAUUGACCAGGCAUCACUGAUGUGACAAUCCCAUGUUACUAACUCAAGCUACUCAAGUGCUGAAACUCAAGGCUCUUCAUUCCUCUCAAACAUCUUCAAGAGUGGGAUUUUCAGAUCUAAAGAAUAUGGAUGGAUGACUAGUGUUUCUUGGAAGGGCACUACGUCUUGUACUGCAAGGGCCACGUAGGGCCAUGUAUUGUGAAAAUGAUGAUCAGCUAAAGGUUGAUGUUACCUCCUGUUUAUUAUCCAGGCCACUGCUAUCUAAUGUGCAAACUGCUUUUCUGCAUUAUUGUUGGUAAAUGUUAUUUGUCUUGCAAACUGAUUUAGACUUUUUCCAAAGAAGUGACCAAAAAUGGAGUUUCUCAUGUGACAACGCAUUUUAUUAAAACACAACAUUGUAGACAAUCUGCAGGUUUUUUUAAUCUGGUUAAGUUUAAAUGAGUUAGCUCUACUGCUAUAGAUCCCUUGCUUGAAGGAAAAGGAAAGUGCAUCUGAUUUAAAAUAACACAAACAGAGAAUGAAUGAAAGAGUCAAAAUGUAUUCAUUCAGAAUAUCAAGAAGACCUUUUAAUAUAAUGCAAUCAUGUACUUCAAAAGACAGAGUAACUGGGUUUUGUUCAGGACAAAUUUCAUCAACACAUUCCAUUGUAAGGUGAUUGUUAUUCUCUGUUCAGCCUGUAUGUUGGAAAGACUAGUGACCCAAGUCCAGUAUCAUGACGUGUGUUCAAACCUCUGAAGGCACAGAAGCAAAUGCUCAUUAUUGCUACAUGUUGCCAAACUGCAACAACA